AUGAGAUUUGGUGUUUAUGAUAAAGUCCUUCCUAAUGAAACGACACCUAGUAGGACAGUUCCGGAUCAUAUUUUAAAACCUGAAUAUGUGACAUUAAAUAGUUUCAAUAAAAUGCCAAAAGCACCCGAAAUAAAAGACAAUGUUCAGAUAAAAGGAAUGAAGGAAAGUUGUAGUUUAGCAGCUUCAAUUUUAAACAGUUUACAUACAUUUAUUAAGCCUGGUGUUACAACUGAUGAUAUAGAUGAAUUCAUUCACACCUUAAUUGUAGAGGCUGGUGCAUACCCAUCACCACUCCAUUAUAAAGGAUUUCCAAAAAGUGUUUGUACCUCAGUGAAUAAUGUGGCUGUUCAUGGCAUACCAGAUCUCAGACCAUUACUAGACGGAGAUAUCAUUAAUGUGGACAUAACAGUGUUUUUCAAGCAUUAUCAUGGUGAUUGUUCAAAAACCUUUUUUGUUGGUAAUGUAGAUGACAAAGGUAAACACCUUGUAAGUGUCACAGAAGAGUGUCUAAACCUUGCUAUUAAGUGUUGUGGACCUAAUGUACCAUUUUGUGAAAUUGGUACAACAAUUUACAGACAUGCAAAGAGGAAUAGACUCACUGUCUUACCUGCUUUUGUAGGUCAUGGUAUUGGCCAAUAUUUUCAUGGUCCUCCCGAUAUAUUUCAUACAUUAAAUCGAUAUCCUGGCCUUAUGAAGCCUGGAAUGACUUUCACUAUAGAACCAGUACUUUCGCAUGGUAAUGAAAACACUGUGUUACUAGAAGAUGGAUGGACCGUUGUUACAGAAGAUGGAGCUCGAACUGCACAAGUGGAGCAUACGGUGCUGAUCACUGACGAUGGUGCUGAAAUACUUACAAAAUAA